CGGAAGUCGAGGUGCGCGGCUUCCGGGAUGCCCUCCGGACUCCCAGGGCUCUGAGCUGAGGGACUCCGCUCGCCAUGGUGUCGGACGAAGAUGAAUUGAAUCUUCUAGUCAUCAUAGUUGAUACCAACCCGAUUUGGUGGGGAAAACAAGCAUUAAAGGAAUCCCAGUUUACUUUGUCAAAAUGCAUAGAUGCAGUAAUGGUGCUGGGAAAUUCUCACUUAUUCAUGAAUCGCUCCAACAAACUUGCUGUGAUCGCAAGUCACAUUCAAGAGAGCCGAUUCUUGUAUCCUGGAAAGAAUGGCAGACUUGGAGACUUCUUCGGGGACCCUGGCAACCCGGCUUCUGAAUUCAAUCCCUCGGGGAGUAAAGACGGAAAGUAUGAGUUGUUGACAGCAGCAAAUGAAGUGAUUGUGGAAGAGAUCAAAGAUCUAAUGACUAAGAGUGACAUAAAGGGCCAACACACAGAAGCUCUGCUAGCAGGAUCCCUCGCCAAAGCUCUUUGCUACAUCCACAGAAUGAACAAGGAGGUUAAAGAUAAUCAGGAAAUGAAGGCAAGGAUAUUGGUGAUCAAGGCUGCGGAAGACAGUGCGCUGCAGUAUAUGAACUUCAUGAAUGUCAUCUUCGCGGCACAGAAGCAGAAUAUUUUGAUCGAUGCCUGUGUUUUAGACUCCGAUUCAGGACUCCUCCAACAGGCUUGUGACAUCACGGGGGGCCUGUACCUGAAGGUGCCUCAGAUGCCAUCCCUUCUUCAGUAUUUACUGUGGGUUUUUCUUCCUGAUCAGGAUCAGAGAUCUCAGCUCAUCCUCCCACCCCCGAUUCACGUUGACUACCGGGCUGCAUGCUUCUGUCACCGAAACCUUAUUGAAAUCGGCUAUGUCUGUUCUGUGUGCUUGUCAAUAUUCUGCAACUUCAGCCCCAUCUGCACCACCUGCGAGACUGCCUUUAAGAUUUCUCUACCUCCUGUACUGAAGGCCAAGAAAAAGAAACUGAAAGUGUCUUCUUGAUGAUAAAACUUUUCCCCAUCUUGUAGGCCUCUUUGUAGAAAUUAUGUG